CAUAAUCUACUCGGGAGGAGCCACCCCCUAGCACUAGAGCUGACCAUCAUCCCGCCGUUGGUCUUGGAAGUUUCUUUUCCCUCGCUGGCCCGAACCGGAGCUACCCUAUUCAUACAAACACAGGCGGGGAGAAGAGGGGCGGGUCCUACAGCAACUGAGGGCCGCAGGGAGUGCGCGUGGGGAAAGCAGCGGCUGGUCUGGUGUGCGUGUGACGUGACGGGAGGAGCCCUUCUGCGAAGAUGUCGGACACCGCGGAGUCAGCCGGUGCGCUGGGCACCCUCUUCUUCUAUGUGAUGUUCGUGCACCCCGUGUGUGCAUGGAUCCUCGCCCCCAAGAGGUUCCCCAAGGACAGAGCCAUCGUCUACGCCAUCGCGUUCCUGGCUACGAUAGCCAUCGGCAAGAUGGCGUUGGAGAACGCGGAGCGGGGGCCGAACUUCUACCAGCUGCUCGGGGUGCGGAGAGGGAGCAGUGCCAUCGAGAUCAAGAGAGCGUACCGACAGCUGUCGCUCGAGCUGCACCCGGACAAGAACCCCUCCCAGGACGCAGCGGACAUGUUCUCCAAGAUACAGGCCGCCCAGGAGAUUUUGAUGGACUCGGAGAAGCGGGAGAUCUACGACAAGCUCGGACCGGAGGCGGCUACGUCAAAGCACCCCUUCAACGAGAACACCAUGCUCAUUGAGAUGGCUAUCUGGUACAUCACGUGGGGAGUUCUGGCUUACGUGAUGACUCUCGGGAAGGCUAACCGCCAGGCGCGGGAUUGGGUCUUCACCGGGCAGAUCGUCAUGCUCGCGGUGGAAGUGGCGAUCGUCACGACUCCGGGUGGCGACGGGGUGUUGCCGUCCUGGCUCUUCCCUCACAUGGCGGAGUACGAGGUGGUUUGGAUCUUGCAUUCCAUCUUCCCCGCCUACAUGAACGGCUGUCGAUCGCUGGGAAGCCACCUGUUCGUGGACGUUGACCAGCAGACGAGAGACAUGCUCCUGGCUCUCAGGGCGGGGCACCAGGACGUGCUCGUGGUUCUGCGUGACAUCCAGGGUAGCAUCAACUCCCUCGGCUCCUCCGGCGGGGGCGCGCGAUUGACAAACAGCUCCUCUGGGGGCUCCGCGGGUCCCCGAGCCAUACCUGCGAAGGCGUCGGCAGUGGGCAAGCUCCGGGAGUUGGAGGAGAAGUUGACCCGGAACGGAACCGGGGUAGAUGCCGUAGCGGCGGAGAUCAAGGACUCGGGCAAGUCCAGCGGAAACAUGCAGUGGCUGCUAGUCGGGAUCUGGGUUGUCUUCUACUUCUUCGUCAACAACGGUGGUUCGUAGGGGGUUUGGGGGGGGGGAGAGGCAACAGGGGAGACGAUCGUCUUGGAGUGGAAAUGGGACGGUAUGGAAGUGGGUGCGGAAUGCCGGUUCUCGUCUGGCGGGUUAAAAGGUUAGGAGCCUCGUGGUUAGUCUGGUGCUAGGCAACAGGGGAGACAGUCGUCUUAGAGAGUGGAAAUGGGACGGUAUGGAAGUGGGUGCGGCAUGACGGUUCUCGUCUCGCGGGUUAAAAAGUUAGGAGCCUCGUGGUUAGUGAUGCGGGGGUUAUGGCUGACUGCCGAUUCUACUCUCCACAUUUUGGAGCUUGGGUCUCUUCUCACACGUGGUCUUCUUUGCCCCGGCUGGCGCGCGUUGGCAUGUUGGUGGUGGUGAUAUUUUUCGUACCUCUCAUUGCUCCACCAGGCAUGGUGAUGUUGGUAAAACCUUCACGUUUGGAUGGGUGUUUUCGGUGAGAAGGGUAGAAGGCUGGCUUGCUGUUCUUUCGAGUGGGAUAAUGGUAAUCGCCAUGGUAAUCAUCCUCCCGUGCUAGGGGUUGGAUGCUUGAAAGAUAUGAGAGGAAAAGGAGAUAGGUGUCGUUUGUUCCCCAAGGGCGUAUUCGUGUGAUCCAAACCGCACGACUAGCUCUGUCUUGUUGUAACUGACACAUAAAACAG